CGAAUGGGAAGUAUGUCAGCAUAGCAUCGGGGCUGUGGAAAUAGUAUGGUCAGUUUGCUUCGGAACUUCACUUCGAACUCAGGUGGACGUUUCUUUGAUGAAUCAUCGAGGAUGGACGACAGUAGAACGAUGCUUGAUCCCAUUCUGGCCACGGACGAUGACGAUGGCUUCCGACCACUUCGUACGGUUCCAGCAUUCAGUGUACAUCUACUAGUAUCGAGCUGUAUUUCAUUGACCGGUAUUGUACUUGCUGCAACUUGGGAAGACAGUCGACGAUGUGAGGCUUACUUCAUAAUGCUUUACCUCCGGGCUAUUUUUUGGAUCUUUACUUAUUUGUUCGAUCAUUAUGUGCGAAGUCACCACGAAAAACUUCGGCUAAAUGGUUAUCACGAUUUUCACCGUUCGACCGAACAACAUAAAGGGAUACCAUUGCAGAUUGUGUCUCUGUGGAAUACGUUCCUGCUCGGAAUACAAACGCUUAUUCAGCACUACUACGGAGACGCAUUUGGUGAAAAGUGCAUCGCUGUGGGAUUGCUGUCACCCAUCAUCUACAUUUCUGCGUUCUCUGGACUGGAAACGAUAGUGCUCUGCAUUGUCAAUGGAAGCUACAUAACAACUGUACGGCGUUUCAAUCGUACUGCAUCGCCACCGGAUGCCUUGCAGGAUAAUCGAGGCUUCAGCGGUGGUUCCCUUGGACUUACCCAACGUGGUCUUAGCACUGCAGAGCUGCUUGAGAAACAGGCUGAUUUGAUCAAGUAUUUGAAAGAUCACAAUUUGAAGCUAAACCAAAAGAUAAUGCAGAUGAAUGCACAGGUACGAACAGUCACGUACCCGGGAUAGGUCGGAACGCGCAACUACUUCGAUAGGAUAAGAACAGGGUAAAGAAGAGUUUCUUUGUUGGCCAACCAGUGCAGUAUGCACUGGCAAAAAUUGUAACAAAAUUGGACUGAUCAAUAUUAUACAAGCAUUAUGUAACUGCAUACUUACCCCAUCAUGUUUUGUUUAAAAGUUUGGUUUCAUAGUGAUAAUAAGAUAGCAGUUUUCUCUGCGUUUCUUUACGUUGUUUUUUGUCAUGUCAGAAAUUACUGGCAAAAGGAAGGAAGAAAGCAGUACAUUUUGCAAUAGCUGUAUUUAAGAAAAUUCUAAAUGAGUGAUAAACAAAGUUGUUUAAUAAAACAAUGCGGA